AUGACUCUUCCAGCAAGAAGCAAGCACAGCCAUCAAAACACACUGUUGGUGGUGUUUGAUGUUGUGUUUCAAGAGAGACUUUUUCUGAGGAGCAAUGAAACACACAGAUAUUGCCCUUUUGGUGUUCUGAGUCACAGUGUUUCAUUUCCAUUUGUUUUCUACACUGUUAAUUUGCAAGCACAAAAACCUCUUUGGAGGCUGAACAUCUCAGCAAGCUUGAUUUUAGCAGAAGCCUGUAAAGCACUUUCUGAGGACAAGGUGUCCUUCUGAAGGAAAAUGCCAUUCAGAGAACCCAGCUGCACAGAGAAUGUCACACAGAGCCACCGCAUCACCUGCACCCUGGCAGCUGAGGAGGCUGCCUGCACCCCCUACUUCAUGACUUUGCACAAAGAGUUUGAGAGCUUCUUCAGGGAGCUGUUCAUGCUCCAGAAUGACUAUUGUGUUCAUGUGGAUGUCAUUAAGGAGCCAUUUCCCUUCCAGCAGACAGUGCUGAUUUCUUGGUGCCUCCCUCAUUUUCUGGGAAAGAGGGUGGUCUAGGGCAGCACCUCCCAUCUGUGGGCUGACCUGCACUGCAUGAGAGACUUGCUUGCCUUGGCCGUGCCCUGGUGCUACCUAAUCAACACCUGUGGUCAGGACCUCUCCUUGAAGCACAGCAGGGAGAUCAUCCAGCUGCUGAAGAGCCCUGGGAGCAAGGACAUCACGCCCAGGGUGCUGCCACCUCCCCACAUCACCACCUGCACCAAAUAUGUGCACAGGGACCGGUUCUACUCUGCCUUUUCUUUCAUGCUGUGGACAUUUGUGUGCAGAUGUCCUCUGACCACCUGUUUUGGCUCUGUGUCUGUGGCCAUCACCUGGCUCUUUGUGGAGUUCCUGCUGCAGGACCAGUGUGUUUUCCAUCUGCUGGCAUGGCCCAGGAACACCAACAGCCCUGAGGGGCACUUCUGGGUGAUGCCCUGCAGGAUCCCAGACCACGGGCAAAGCCAGCACCGCUACACUGACUCCCAGUCUGAUGCACUGGACUGUACUGCUUUCCAGAACUGGCUCACCUCUGGAACGACAGAAUGA